CCAGCCUUUAUGGUACAAACCAGUAGCUCUCCAGCUAGCCUCUCUAAUACCGCAUCAGAACGAUUGACGCUGUGUGUGUGUGUGACAGGGAAAGCAGGGGACCAUCAUCUACCAGUUAUACAAGAAGUUGACUAACUUUUGAUAUCUCAGAAGAAUAGGACCCAAAUGAUUGGUAACCAUGGGAUCUGGAGCCAGCACCCUGACUCCGCCCUCCUCACCUGAACUGGACAGCUAUAGAAGAGCCUCCCCCAAACAUAGAGACAAAGCACACCAAAGACGAAACUUUGUGCGGACAAACGAGGUCGCACCAGUCAUCAUACGUGAUUGUAGAGAAGAGUUCCAACAUGUCUCGGACUUCAAGGAUCCUAUUGUGUUUGGUUCCAUUGCCGACAACAUGCCUGAACAUCCACUCAUCAAAGGCAAGUACUUCCUGGUGAGAGAUGUAAAUGAUAAGAUGGAUAAAAAAUUGUCCAUGGAGCAGUACCGCACACCAAACCUACACAAGGUCAAUGGGCCUUUUUCAGUAUAUGCCUGUGGUCAGCCAACAGAGCGAGGCCUGUCCAAACUACUGAACCAUUUAGCCCAAGAUGAUCCAACAGAGAUUCUCUUGUUUAACAUGCGGGAAGAGCCUGUCCUGUUUGUAGAUAAUGGGAUGGACAUGAUUCCCUUCUCUAUCCGAGACCAAGACAACAUUCACAACAUCGUUAGCUUUGGACGAAGUCCCACAGAGGCAGACGAGGCAGAGGCGAGGAUCAGAAAAGAGGUGAUUGACUUGGCAACAAUGAAGGAAGAAAAUAAGUUCUACUUUUACAAUGACCUCGAAAACCUGCAGAGGGAGCCACAUGAGAUGCACAUUCAAUAUGAAGACAAACUGCUUGUAUCUGAGGAAGUGUAUGCCCGCCAUAUCUUAUGUAGUCACUGUGUUAGAUACCAGCGCUUGUGUUUUCCCUUUUCUGGGGCACCUAGAUACCAGGAUGUUGAUGCCUUUUUAAAUAUAUUUAAGCAGUCCAGAAAAUAUUUGGAGAAGUCGUCUUUCUAUAAACCUGCCAUGCUGUUUACCUGUCAGACAGGCAUGGGGCGCUCCACCACUGCCAUGGUAAUGGGCUGCCUCAUGACCGCCCACAAAACUGGAUUCCCAUCAGAGACUAGAGGGAAGCAUUCCCAGAAGGCCUCUCUAGAAAGGGGAGAUUACCGUGCUGUACAACGAUUGGUCAAACUGCUGCCCAAUGGUCAGACCAUCAGAAAUCAGGUUGACACAGUAGUCGAUGCCUGUUCAGAACUGUAUAAUCUGCGUUCUGAGAUCCUGAAGAGCAAACAUACCCUUGACGAUAUCAAGACUGACUACGUACUUGAUGAUAAAAGUGCCAAAGAAACCUUGUACAAGCGGUGUUGUGACUACCUAGAACGUUACGUGUUCCUCAUAGUGUUCAACGCAUACCUCACUGAACAGUAUCCACUGUGGUUUACAUCAGACUUCUCACAAUGGAUGCAACAGCAGCCCGACCUGACAAGGUUGAUGGGGACUAUCUCUGACCCCACCUGGCAGACCCCUACUGACCUCAUCUUUAAGGGUGUACAGAACCUGCUCCAGCCUCAUGACAUGCUGCUGCAAGGCCAUAAAGUCUGCAGACAAGCGUGGUGUGAUACUGGGGUCAGAGAAGCGCGAGUGUUCAUCAUCUUCUCUACUUACACUUUCAUCAUGUUGCAUCAUGGACGAGCGAGACACACAGAGGAUAGGAGAAGCACAGGAGUAGGAGACACACAGAGGAUAGGAGACACACAGGAUAGGAGACACACAGGAGUAGGAGACACACAGAGGAUAGGAGACACACAGAGGAUAGGAGAUACACAAGGUUAUAGGAAACACUCACAGGAUAGGAGAUACAUAGGGGUUAGAGAGACACACAUGGGUAGAAGACAUACAGAGGUGGCAGACGACUAUGUAGGGCUGGACCUCCUGAGCACACAGAGUGAUGUGAGGGUGUCUAACUUUAGGAAGAUCAACAUCAGUGGAAUGUCGGUGUAUGGCAUGGCUCAGCCUGCCAGGGAUGGCGUGACAAAAGUAUCUAACCACCUGCUGACCAAAAAGGCUGGACACACCUUCCUGGCAUUGAUUAACCUGCGGAACGAUUGCACCCUUGAAUGUGACGGCGCCACCUACAGUGUACGGCAUGCUUCCUGUCUGGAUGAUCCGAUCUCACACCCCUACAUGUCCCGACAGGAACUAGAGGUCAGUCACAACCGGGUAAGGUUACCACUGUCCUCCUCUGAAGGUCACAACAGGGUAAUGUUACCACUGUCCUCCUCUGAAGGUCACAACAGGGUGAGGUUACCACUUUCCUCCUCCGAAGGUCCCAAAAGGGGAUUUCCAAAGGGAGCUAACCUUGGGGAGCAAGAAAGGGUCUCCUGUCCAAAUGCACAAUACACAAAAGGAGACUUCAUUAUUGUCCAGAAACUAAUUCGCAUGCUGCCCAAUGGUCAUCAGAUCAAGAGGGAGGUGGAUUUCAUACUGGACGAAAUAUUUGAAACCAUGUCCACAACAUUAUUCCACUUGAGGGAAAACACAUUUGUCCUUUACAAUAAGAUAAAGAAUGCUAAGAGUGAGGCGAGCAGACAGAACCUGAAGCGCCUAAGUCUGGACUACCUAGAGAGAUACAUAUACCUCAUCCUCUUCAACGCGUAUUUACACUACGAUAAGAAAAACCAAUGGCAGCGACCUUUCAGUAAAUGGAUGAAAGAAGUUGCUGCCUCAGCAGGAAUAUAUAAACUGUUAGACAACCUUGGAUUUUAUGACUUUGACAAAAUGCCAACAUCAUUCAAAACGAUGAAGGAGAGAUGGAGUCACCGGGGACAAGCCUUACCAUUCCAUGGUGUGUUCUCCUGAAGGUCACGUGUCCAAGUUGUGAUAUCUAACCACAAGGUCAUAUUCGAAGUCUUCAUCAAGUUUACACUUGGAGAUCCUGGUAGACUUUAUACCUAAUGGUUGUAUCCACAGCUGAUGAGUUACAGUAUAAACACCACCCUCGUGCAGUCCUGUGUCAACUUUUGGCAAUAUGCCAAAGAUUCCAAGCUGAUGUUUUGUGUCCUGGUGCCUAGGUCAUUAUGGGACCAUUGGUCUUAGGGCCUGACUUGUUCUGAAUCCAGCUUGCUGUGGGAUCAGGACCAUCCCAGGACCUUGCAUAUUCUGGUACUUUAUGGUACCGUGUCUCAACCCUGACAUUCAAAACUUGUACAGCAAAACUUGUGCUGAAAGGAGCAAUGUCAUUUUUUACAGUGGAAUUAAAAGAGGAGCAACACUUUUCAGAGGAAAAUCCAUGUUUAUGUUUCACUACAUAAUAAUUAGAUCUGUAUUGAGGAAAAGUUUGUGUUGAGAUUCCGGCCUUAUGAAGUGGAUAGAUAUUUUCUGUAUACAGUACAGGGCCCGUAUUUAUAAAACUAGGCCCAUGCUCAAGGAUGAAUUCAGUGCUCAAAUUGACUUUCUUGUAACUCCCAUAUAACAUGGUCAAAAAGUCAAGUGUAAACACUGAAAACAGUGUUCAGCUUAAAGAAUUUCAAAAUUGCUUACAUAACAAAUGAUUUUUUUGGUAAUUAAUUUAUCACUGGCACAAUAAAUUGAGCUUGGUCACAGAAUCUAGCUUUGAGCAUGAGAACUGUUCCAUGAAUACUGGUCCAGCUCUGGUCUGUGUUUGAUAACUAUCCGAGUUCCUUAUACAUCUUCAGUUGACCUAUUUUUCCAGAACAUCUGCACUCAGACUACCGGGUAUGUACUUAGUAAAACCAUGGUAGUAUGGAUCAUAUGAUCAUUGUUGUCUCAGAUUCGUUUUGUUGCCUGCUAAAGUAAGGGUGACAUUUAGGGAUCACUCCAUCAGUGUCAUGCACAAAGGGUUUCUGUGCGAUAACUCUUAAAGGAAUCCUUAGAUUUUCCUGAAAACUCCUUCAAAUACUGAUAGUACCAUUUACCCACCCAAGAUUGAUCUUAACCUGAAUCUGAAAUUAAAUAUGGCUGCCAGUUGCCAUCUUGGACUUUGGUACUUCAUUAACUGGUUUUGUGUGAUCAUUCUUACAGGAAUGCUUUGUUGUCCAUGAAACUUCAUACACAUACUUCAGUAUGUACCUGUUGCCUACUCAGGUGUGAUUUUGAGAUGGAUCUAAAAUUUGAUCAGUAUGGCAACGUAAGGUCAUUUUGUAUUAUAGCACCUGAAGUGGUUUCUGUGUGAUGAUUUUUAAGAAAUACUUUUACUUUUCAUGAAGAUUCCUACAAAUACAUGUUGUAUCGAUUCCACGCUCAAGUUUGAUUUAGAGUUGGAAACAAAUUUUGAGAUGGCAGCAGCCAUCUUGGAUUUUGUACAGAUAUGAUCCAAAACAAUAUCUUUUGAAGAAAAUAUUGAAUUUUCAUGAAGCUUGCCAGGCGUACUUCCAAAGCUCCUCAUCACUCAUGUCUGAUGUAUAGAAAAAUGUGUACAUAUGAGCUAGGCUGCUGUGAUCUGAAAGUUGGCUGAGGGUAAAACUUUAAACUUGAAGGAAUAACCGGUCUUUCCACCUACAUAUAAGCUGACACAGGUGACACCUCCACUUCCAUGGAAUUCUCAUCAAAAUUCAAAUUUGAAACCAUUUCAAAACUGGAAGAAGACAAACUGCUAACUUAUGGAACCCAUUACCUGUAAUUCCAGGGAACAGUAGGAAGGGAGGUUAAUAUCUGGGACACGAUGAUGUUACAUUUGAUUUAAUUUUUCAAGUUUUAAUUCAACUGUAAGGUAUGAAUCAUUCCUUAACAAGUAUAUUUAUGAUAGAUUAAUUAUUUUUGAAAGAGAUCCAUUUCAGAUUGAAGAUUCCUCAAUGAAAUUUGUAGGAUAACCUUUACUGCUGUUCUCUGUCACAUCUACAGUACGUACGUUAGAACGACAGCACGCUGUAGUAGAUGGUCAGAUGUAGCCAAUCCUUAUAUAACAUAAUGAAGAUACUGACAAGAUGAUUGAAGGGAUUAUUUUUGCAUGCUGUUUAUUUCAUAUUUGUAAUCAUGCUGAAUUGUACCCAUGUGUCGGGUAGACCUCUGUUCAGGCGAUCAAGAAACCGAUAAUAUGGUCCGAAGGCCGAAGUGACCUUAUCAGUUGGCGUUGAUCUGACAUCCUCAGCCCAAGGUUGUGACAGGUCAACGUGAGACCUUGUCCCAUGUUAAAGACUAGAGUGAACUAAACCUUGAUAUGUAUUGAUGGUGCAGGAUCAUUUAAGAAAUGAUUCCAACAAAACAGUAUACCUAAUAAAUAGUAACAUUGUUCCUGUGCUGCAUGCUUACCAUUUUGUACCUUUUAGAGUUCCUUUUUAUCACGAUUAAAAUUGUGUAAUUUUGAGUAGAAGUGACAACAUUUUAACUUAAUCUCAUUAUAGAAUGACGGUUGAUAUAUUGUUUAGAUAUUUGUCAAUUUUUCAUAGAAAAUUCCUGCCUAGAUUCUCUGACAAAUUAGACACAUAUAGCUUAAAUUGUUCUAGUAUUAGACACAUGUUACAUGUUCUAGUAUUAGACACGUGUUACAUUUCCUAGUAUUAGACAUAUAUUACGUGUUCUAGUAUUAGACAUAUAUUCCAUGUUCUAGUAUUAGACAUAUAUUCCAUGUUCUAGUAUUAGACAUAUAUUCCAUGUUCUAGUAUUAGACAUAUAUUCCAUGUUCUAGUAUUAGACAUAUAUUAGAUGUUCUAGUAUUAGACACUUUUUACAUGUUCUAGUAUUAGACACAUGUUACAUGUUCUAGUAUUAGACAAAUGUUACAUGUUCUAGUAUUAGAUAUAUAUUACAUGUUCUAUUAUUAAACAUAUAUUAUAUGUUCUAGUAUUAGACAUAUAUUAUAUGUUCUAGUAUUAGACACAUAUUACAUGUUCUAGUAUGUGACACACAUUACAUUUUCUAGUAUUAAACAUGUUACAUGUUCUAGUAUUAGACAAAU